CCAACAAUCAAAUCAAUGCUCCAUGUUACGUACCCUUCCUAGGUACCUAUCUCUCUCUGCAUCCUUCCAAGAAACCACCUUCCGCUUUUCAUUUAGGUCCGUGUGAGGGAUGGUUCCCCCGUGUUGCCACUUUUGGCACGAGUAGCCCAUCGUAUAUAUCUACCAUCAGCCCGCGCUGUCUCUGAUUCCCUCGAUCCUUUGACUCUCAAGACAUUGAAGUUUAUCUAAGCAUCUCACCAUGUCGGAAAUCCAUCCUAAACAAGAAGCCCUCGAGGCUCAGGAUACAACACCGCGAUAUGAUGAGAAGCAGGGCACCACUGAGCCCAUUGAGGAUGGACCCAAGCAGUCGUGGGCGCUGCGCAAUGGGCUUACUCCCGGCUCAUUCGCUCCCCAUGAUGAUUACGCAAAGGGAACCGCUGAGUUGCAGCGUGAGAUGAAGCCUCGUCAUCUUAACAUGAUCGCCAUUGGUGGCAGGUCAGUCAUUUUCCUUCCCUCGUCAUCGUGCAACGCCGGCUUAUUGCCGCCCUGCUAAAUGAUGACGCGCUAACAUUGGUCUGGUGUACUCCGUGCUAACCCAUUUGCAGUAUUGGUGCUGGUUUCUUCGUCGGUAGCGGUUCUGCUCUGCAAACUGGUGGCCCUGGUUCAUUGACUAUUGGUUUCUUGAUCAUGGGUGUCAUGAUCUUCAACGUCGUCUAUGCUCUUGGUGAACUUGCUGUCAUGUAUCCCGUCUCCGGUGGUUUCUAUACCUAUGCCAACCGAUUUGUUGAUCCUUCUUGGGGUUUCGCCAUGGGUUGGAACUAUGUCAUGCAAUGGGCUUUCGUUCUUCCUCUUGAAUUGACAGUUUGCGGCACAGUCAUUCAAUACUGGGCUCCGCAUACUAGCGUGGCUAUCUGGGUCAGCGUCUUCCUUGCUGUCAUUAUCCUCGUCAAUAUUUUCGGCACUCUUGGUUACGCCGAGGAAGAGUUCUGGGCUGCACUGCUUAAGCUCUCUGCUACCGUCAUCUUCAUGAUCGUCGCUGUGAUCCUUGUUUGCGGUGGAGGUCCUUCUGAUGGACAGUACAGCACCUACCAGGGCGCCAAGCUUUGGUACGACCCAGGUGCUUUCCAGCACGGUUUCCGAGGCUUCUGCGGUGUGUUCGUCACUGCAGCCUUCUCCUUCAGUGGAACAGAACUUGUCGGUCUCGCUGCUGCCGAAGCCAAGAACCCCGCCAAGGCUCUCCCCGGCGCCAUUAAGCAGGUCUUCUGGCGAAUCACUCUCUUCUACGUGGUCGGCCUUCUCCUCGUCGGUUUCCUCGUCAACUCUCAGGAUCCCAGACUUCUGAACGCCAGCAACAACGAGCCUAGUGCCUCUCCCUUCGUCAUCGCUGCCGCCAACGCUCAUCUCAAGGGAUACGAUUCUUUCAUGAACGUCAUCAUCCUUGUUUCCGUCUUGUCUAUCGGUGUCUCUUGCGUCUACGGCGGUAGCCGAACUCUUGUUGCUCUCGCGCAACAGGGCUAUGCCCCCAGAUUCUUCUCUUUCAUUGAUAAGUCUGGUCGUCCUCUUCCUGCUGUUGUCUCCAUCAUCGCCAUCGGUGCUCUUGGAUACAUCAGUGUUAGUGGUGAUGGAAACACCGUCUUCGUUUGGCUUCAGGCUUUGUCGGGUCUGGCUGCUUUGUUUACCUGGGGCUCUAUCUGCCUUUGCCAUAUCCGAUUCCGACAGGCUUGGAAGUACCACGGUCACACUCUGGAUGAGAUCCCCUUCAAGCACGUCUUCGGAGUCUGGGGCUCUUGGGUUGGACUCGUCCUCAUCGUCAUCGUUCUUAUUGCGCAGUUCUACACUGCCAUGACCAAUAUUGAUGGAUCACUCGGUACUGCCGAGGGCUUCUUCCAGUCAUACCUGGCUCUGCCUGUUGUCAUCCUCUUCUAUGCUGUUGGAUACAUCUGGAAGCGAGAGGGAUGGAGAAAGGUCAGCGAGAUUGACCUUGAUACCGGUCGUCGCGAGCAUGAUUGGGAUACCAUCAACGCUUAUCGCGAGCAGCUUGCCAACGGCCCUGCUUGGAAACGCCUGUGGCAUCAUCUGUUUUAAAUGUAUAUAGCGAUGUCAACAUAUGUUACAACUGCCUUUUUGGCUAUGAUCACUUGAAUUCAUUAUGUUUAACAUUGAACUAUAAUCUGAUGGUUUUGUAAGAAAGGAUCUAGUCAACUAAGCUGUUACAGCCUAGGUCGCUUUACUAUUAUUCUCUCGUCGAGACUUAUUUUCAA